UUGAUUAGCAAUAACAUAACGUCUCUCCAAAGAUUCACAAAAACCCAUGCCCAAACCAAUACUACUCUCCUCUCUUCUUUCUUCUCUCCUCUCCUCUUUGCUUCUUCACACUCUACACAAAUCUCCACCACUCUCCACCUACUCUCUGUCUGUCUCCAAUAUUCAAAGCCCACAUGGAAUCCAGGUGUUUUUGGGUACUUAGACAAUGUUGAAUGCCACCCAGAACCAUUCAGGGGUUUGUGUUUCUUCUGGGUUUUCUUGAUUUUGUUUUUUCAGGUUUUUUCAGCUAUGGGCUUUUCUGGGUUUUGGGUUUGGUUGUAGCUGUGUUUUUGCGGGGGGAAAUGUGACUUAUACUGAUGAUGGUGGCUGCCAUUUCUGAAGCAGCUUCGACCAACCGACCAAACCCCAAGGCCUCCUCUCACACCCACGAUACCCAUCUUCGGAAUCCAGCUAGACCUCCACUUUUGCCUUCUGAGAAGGACAAUGGCCUCGUUCCUAAACGACCCAAAUCGAGACAGGUCUCUUCCAGAUACAUGUCCCCAUCACCUUCCACCUCCGCUUCUGUGCCCAGGCGCUGCUCUUCGCCGCUUAUCAGCCGCUCCACGAAUUCCACCGCCUCAUCAACGCCAUUGCCGGUGGCUGCGUCGUCGACGUCUUCUUCUUUUCCGCGGUCGCACUCCGUGGACCGGAGGCGGCCGGCCACGGCGGCGCCGGGUAGUGCCGGAGAAGUAUCGGCGGCGUCGAGGCUGUUGUUCACUUCGACGCGGAGUUUGUCGGUCUCAUUUCAAGGGGAGGCGUUUUCGCUUCCGAUUAGCAAGGCUAAGGCGGCGCCGAAUUUGGGUAACGUGAGGAAGGGAACGCCGGAGAGGCGAAAGCCGACGCCGGUGAGGGGUUCUGGAGCUGUGGAUCAGGUUGAGAAUUCGCGGCCAUGGCCAGGGAGGUCCCGGUCGGUGAAUGUACUAGCGAGAAGUUUCGAUUGUAGUGUUGAUAGGAAGAAAAGCAUUGGAUCUGGGAUAGUGGUUGGGUCGUUUCAGCAAUCAAUGAUUGAUGAGAGUAGAAGGGCUUCAUUUGAUGGAAGAUUGAGUUUGGAUUUGGGCAAUGCUGAGUUGUUGAAGGUAACUAAGCAAGACCCAGAUGGCAAUUCAGCUAAUGACUCAUCUGUGCCAACUGAUCUCACUGCAUCUGAUACAGAUAGUGUUUCCUCCGGUAGCACUUCAGGAUUGCAAGAAUGUGCUGGUGUUAGUGGUAGGCGAAGUGGGCCUCGAGGUAUUGUCGUCUCGGCGAGGUUUUGGCAGGAGACUAAUAGCCGGCUGAGGCGGUUGCAGGAUCCAGGAUCACCUUUGUCAACAAGCCCUGGUUCCAGAAUGGCAGUGGCUGCCAAAUUCAUACAAUCAAAAAAAUUCCCAAGUGAUAACCCAUUGGCCUCCCCUCGGACAAUGAUGUCCCCUAUAAGGGGAGCUACUAGGCCUGCAUCUCCGAGUAAACUUAUGGCAUCAUCCAUGCCUGUGUCGUCUCCAAUAAGGGCAUCAUCUCCAGCCAGGUUGAGAAAUGCAGUUGCUAGUCCUUUAAGUAGUAGUUCAAGCAUUGCUCCUUCAAUUCUUAGUUUCUCUGUUGAUGUUCGGAGAGGGAAGAUGGGGGAAAAUCGGAUUGUUGAUGCACACUUGUUGAGACUUUUGUAUAAUCGGCACUUGCAAUGGCGGUUUGUAAAUGCAAGGGCAGAUGCUGCCUUGUUGGUGCAAAGGAUGCGGGCAGAGAGAAACCUAUGGAAUGCAUGGAUAACGAUCUCAAAGCUACGCGACUCUGUCACCAGUAAGAGAAUGAAAUUACAGUGGUUGAGGCGAAAGCUGAAGCUAACUUCCAUCCUCAAGGGGCAAAUGGCUUAUUUGGAGGAAUGGGCUCUUCUAGAAAGAGAUCAUUCUAGUUCUUUGCAUGGAGCAAUAGAAGCUUUGAAGGCCAGCACUCUCCGUCUUCCAGUUGUUGGAGCAAUAGCAGAUAUCCAAAGCUUGAAGGAUGCUGUUGGUUCAGCAGUUGAUGUAAUGCAGGCUAUGGCAUCCUCAAUUUGCUCUCUUUUGUCAAAGGUGGAGGAAAUGAACUCCUUGGUGGUCGAAAUCGCUGAUGUCACUGCAAAGGAGCGAGCUUUGCUGGAACAAUGCCGAGACUUCUUGUCCACAUUGGCAGCCAUGCAGGUUAAAUACAGUAGCUUGAGAACGCAUAUAUUACAACUAAAUCGCCUCCCGGCCACCAGCAGCCUGACAACAACCCUGACAACACGCAUCUAAAACCGUUCUCAUCUGACUUGCAGUAAUCAAAAUGCUAACAUGACAACCAACCAACCUUCCCUUUCUCAACACCUGAGGUAAUAAAAACAGAAAAACCGAUCACGAUCCUUAGUUUUGGAUUCUCAUAUUAGCAUUUUUGUUACCCAUUCAGGUAUUAGUAUAUGUCUCAUGUAUCUUAGUAUGCAAAGUUUACAGAAAAUGUGCCGCCUGUUCAUCACUAAUUUCGCUGUAUACAACAACUGUGUUAGAAUUAAGAACUCUUCACCCACCCUCCCUUUUAAGGCCAAAAGAAACUGAUCGUGUACAUAUAUGUAUGUUGUUUUGAUUCCUGUUAUUUAGUAGUUGUUGGGCUGCC